CCAGGCUGCAUUUAAUUGAAGAGUGCUAGGUUGUUACCACCUAGCAAGGAGGUCUAAUAAGCUCAGAAAGCUAUGCUAGAGCAGGAGACUCACACAGCUACACCGCUGUCUGACGGACUGACUAGACGAUAGAACACACAGAACUAGAUCUCAGGUGGAGGAGAGAGCGAGGCGACAUUUACAAGCGACUGUGUGUGAGAGAAUGAGAGAGAAGAGAGAGUUAGAAACAACAACGAGACUCAGAGUGUGAGAGGUGGAGAAAUAGGAGGAGCGGAAGGGAGGGUAAGGGAGGAAACGGGAAAUGCAAAGCCAAGUGAGGGAGAGAGACGGGAAGCCUGCAGCAGCAAAUAAGACUGAGGAAUGAAACAGGAGAGGUAAAGAGAGAGAGAGAGAGAGAGAGAGAGAGAGAGACGGGAGAGGGGGAGGGAGGUGGAGAAGAGGGGCCCCGAGCAGGAGAGAGGGUUGCAGGGUAAAGGAGUGAGAGAAAAGUUGGAAAAGUGAGAGAGGGGGUCAGGGGAAAGAAAGAAAAGAGCAAGAGAAAAAACAAGUAAAGGAGAGAAAGGGAAAUGAGGCAGGAAGAAAGGGGGGAGGGAAGUCUUAGGUAAGAAAAAAAACAGCAGAGCUGAAGAAAAGUUUUUUUUUGCGGUGGAGUCAGUCGUAGCUAGAUGAGGAAAACAGCUUGAGUGAAUGGCUAGGUCGGAGUUGGAGAGCAGCGGGGAGGAGGAGGGAAGGAGAAGUAAACCAUUUGUUGUUUAAGGCAUUUUCCACAGCAGCCUCUACUCUAGACAGACUGUUUUCAUUCUGACAUGUACUCAGACAGCACACGGACGGGACACUAUGGAUUCAUUCAUCAAAACACAGAUGACUACUGCUACUGCCUUCACUGUGUCCAGUACGAACCCACGCUGUACCAGGAAGGACCAGGGGGGUACAGACCACCACCCACACACCCAGACCACCCAGAGUUGGACAUCAGAGGAGACUUCAGCCUUCCUCCUUUCCCUGUGGAGCCAGAGGAUAUAGAACCUGGACUAGAUAAGUGUGAGAGAGGAGGUGAAGGAAGAGGAGAUGGUGGAGAAGGUGGAGAAGGUGAAGGAGGAGGUGUUAAAGCUGGAGCUGGAUGGGGUGGAGGUGGUCACAGUGCCCCACAGAGGAGGCCAGUGUUCACCGGGCCGGGUCAGUACGGUCAGCCUCAGCCAGGCCAGUUUAGUCCCAGCCACCCCUGGAGCUACAACCCUGCCCAGUGGAGCUGCCCAGCGGAGCCUGGCCUGGGUCUGAGAAUCUACUCCCCUGUGAAAGAACAGUGUGGCUAUGUGGGACGUGGUGGAGGUGGCGCCGCUGGGACAGGGACCGGGACACACCCCUUCAACAGCAUCAGAAACGUGUCAGCCUCAUCACUCCCCCCGGACCUGGCACACACACAGUUCAGGACUCAGCGGCCCAAACACAGACAAGCUAGCUACAGCUACAGUCUGGAGGAACAGCCGAAACACAGACAGGCUAGCUACGGUCCUGAGAAACAGAUCUGGGAUCAGUCAAAAUACAGGUUAGAAAGCCAGGCUAGCUAUAGUCCACAAGAGCAACACAGACAGGCUAGUCUCAGUUCGGAAGAGCAGGUCUGUGGUCAGUCGAAACACAGGCUAGAAAGACAGAAUAGCUUCAGACCACAAGAAAUACACAGCCAGGCUAGCUAUAUUUACAGUCUAGAAGACAAGCCGAUACACCGACAGACUAGCUACAGUCCAGAACAACAGGUCUGGGAUCAGUUGAAACACAGACAGACUAGCUACAGCUACAGUCCAGAGGUGCAUGUCUGGGGAUGCGCUGGAGAUGAACACUAUCAUUUGGACAGGUGUGUACCGCUUGAACAUGGAGAUUUACACCCCCACAUGCCAAAUGGUGGUGGUCCCAGUCCCAGGCAUGUGUACUCUCAGGGCGUGGGAGAUAAAACUAACUACCAGGAGAGGACUACUAGAUUAAAAGCUGGGGGAGCUGUAGGUGGGGCAGGAGAGGACAGCUGUAAUGUCCCUGCUGGCUCUGGCUCUGUUCAGAAGACUUUCUUUUCCACUGAAGUCCACCAGAGACAGUUGGUCAUUCAGCCCAGGCAGAGGAGUCCUUGUGGGCCUGGCCCUGGCCAUGGAACCCCUAGUCAUGGAGCUACUGGCCCAGUGCAUGGAGCCACUAUAGGCAGGGAAGAGAGAUCCAACCAGAGGGCCAAACAGCCAGCAAGCCAGCGGGUCAACCAGAACCAGGGAGGAGACCCAGACUCAGACCCCCAAAGACAGAGGAAGAAGGAGAAGGAGGGCCAGGGUUCGGUCCGGGAGAACCAGUGUUUUGUCCGGGAAAACCAGGGUUCAGUCCAGCAGAAGGAGGGCUCGGUUCGGGAGCAGAUCAGACAGGUGGUGUCAGACCUGGAGGGGGUCCUGGGUGGUCUCAAACAGGUCCACGUGGAGAUGAAGGAGGUGGUCCAACAGAUUGAUCUGCUGACAGCUAACGUUGACCUGGGAGGGGAAGAGGGAUCAUGUAACAGUUUCCCUCAUGGUGGUGACGCCCUCCCCAACCCCAGAGACUGCAGUGGAGUCCUGAUGUACAAUCAGAAGACUAGUACUGGAGAGCAGGUGUACACCCACACGACUAGUACUGGUGACCUGAAGACUAAUGGAGACCAGGGAUUACUGUACAGAGACCCUGACCAUACUGUGACCAUACAAACUACCUCUCCGUCCCAUGUCCUCACCGCAUCAGUUAUCAAAACCAACCGGGUCGGGGUCAUAGCUCUGAGCCCCCUGAGCCCGAGCCCUUCCAAAGAACCCAAACAGGAAAGACGGGGGCUCAACGGAGACCCUCCUAUACCUGGCCCUUGUCCUUCCAGAGACAUAAACCAUGUGACCCAGACCCCUUGGCUAGAACGCACACCCUCCCUACCUCUACCCUUACGGACUCACACCCCUAACCCCACAGCCAUGGUUGGAUACAGUGUCCCGUCUCUUAGGAGCCAGAAACCACCGCUGUACCCCCACCCAAACGGACGGGUGGAGAGGCUCAAUAAGGGUCCGGCUCAACCACCCUACCCGGUCCACCCAGCCCUGCCGGUCCUGCCCCACCUGGCCCAGCCACCCUACCCUACCCACCCUAACCACCCUGCCCUGCCUCCCAGUGCCCUGAAGACACCCCACUACCUGGAGAAAAGCAGACCGAGCUCCAGCAUGGUGUGAGGGGACAGGGGCCAGCCUCACUGCCGUGGGGGCCGGGAACAUAUAGGACAAGGACAGACCUACACUGAGAGGUAGUCUGAGAGGGACUGACCAGGGACAGCUCGUGGAGCCCUGAAGUGGUGAAGAGAUGACAUGUCGGUCAGUGGUGGACACAGAGACAGAGCUUGGCCUGAAGAUGGGGGUAUUUCCAAGGGUGAACGCUCUAGACAGACUGGAGGGGAGGGGGAUUACACAUUAUAGAAUGAGAUGCACAGACCUGAGACACACAGUAUGCAGCAAGCACUUCAACCUAACAUAUAUGUGUGGUUUCCGGGGGGGUUGGGAAUAACUUAAGACAGCAAAAAGACACAUUUUCGAUACAAGUUGGACAAUAAAGUUGGAUUGUAUUCAUUGUAUUGAUAACUCAACCCUACUUGAGUUAGACACCAAAGGUUAUCAACCAAAGACUCUGUAGAAAAAUGAGAAUGGAUGCUUAUACUAUCUAUGUUCACGUUUAUAAAAAUGUUUAUUUUAAUAUGUUCUGAGAUCAAUUUGAAAAUUGUACUGUCUGAAACAUCCAAAUCGAAAUAGUUGAUAUUGACAACUGAAUGUCUUACAUUUGCUAUGUUUGUGUAUGGAUUAAAAGACGACAAUGACUUAAUAAUGGA